GGGACGCAUUUGGCAACCCUGCAGCGAUUGACAGCUAGAAGGAGAAAUUUUGGUUCAGUGCAUUUCCGCUUUCACACAACACACUCACACUAACACACAGCACGAACAACCAGGACAGUUUAGAGACGGCAAGAGAAUAAACCAGUCGCAAAUUACAGUCCACGCGUUUUUUAAUUCGUCUCUACAUUUUUUGGUCCUACUUCGCCGGAUUUUCGUAGUAGUUUCGGUCGAAAGGAACGGACAAGGACCCGGUCGAUUGGACGGGCGUAGAUGCUCUCAACUCCGGUGAAAGAUCCGGACAGUUCUUUAUUGGAAGUUUUUAGUACGCCGAUCGGAGAGCUGCAACAAUCGAGAAGAAAGAUGGCGGAAGAGUUCGACAUUUUGGUGAAGCAACGUGGUGCAGUGAAAGGAAAAAUCACCCGGAUUAAGAACGUGCUGGGCCAGCACACGCAAAACCAAACGAUUCCGGAUGAGUUCCUCCUGCACACCCAGCUGAAGACGAUUGACGCGGCCUACGAGGAAUUCAACCACUUCCAGAAUAAGAUCUACGCGGCCAAGCCAGCGGAAGCGGAUGACCAGGAGAAGAAGUAUGUCGAAUUUGAAGCGGAUUACAAUUUCGUUCGGGCCAAGGUCUGCCAGUUACUGCGUGGAGUCAAGCAAGAACCGGACCCCCAGCCUCCGGCAGCAGCCCAACCCGUGCGAGUGCAAGCGACAUCUUCUCUCCACACGCCGCUGCCAUCUUUCGACGGGAAGCCAGAAAACUGGUACAAAUUCAAGGCCAUUUUCACGGAUGUCAUGAGCAAGCACCCCGGCGAGUCAGACGCAACCAAGCUCUAUCAUUUGGACAAGUGCCUGGUCGGAGAAGCCGUUGGGUCAAUCGACCAGCAAACGAUCAACGACAGCGACUUUGCUGCUGCUUGGGCGGAACUGACCGAGCAAUACGAGAAUAAGAGGAGGAUCGUUGACAUUCACGUCGGCGGUUUACUUAACCUCAAACCGAUGACAUCUGAAAGUGGUAAACAACUCCGUGAGCUGGUGGACGGGUGCAAACGGCACGUAAGUGCUUUAAACUUCCACGAGUUCCCGAUGGCUGGCCUUGCGGACAUUCUGGUGGUCAACAUUUUGGCGUCGAAGCUUGACAUCGAGACGAGGAAAGUGUGGGAGACAAGCAUCGAGCACGGCGAGAUUCCGAACUACGCCGACACGGUGAAGUUUCUCACAACCCGGAGUCAAGUUUUGGAACGCAUCGAGCUUGCUGACAACAAGCUGAAGAAGCCUGUCGCAGCAAAGACAACGAAGAUUCCCGCACUGAAGGCAUCGUCCCUGGCGGCGUCGGUCGAGUACCGGUGCGCAUUUUGCGGACAGGAGCACCAGAACCACGAGUGCGGCGAAUAUCUCAAGCUGGAUCCGAAGGAGCGCUACGAGAAGGCGAAGCAAACUGGAGUUUGUUUCAAUUGCUUAAAGAAGGGGCACAUUACGCGUCGCUGCUCCUCGACGAAGACGUGCAAGACCUGCAAGAAGCGGCACCAUUCUACACUACAUCUGAACGAAACGGGUGUCGCUGUCGAGCAGCCACUUGCACGAUCCACGCAGAACUCCACGACGGCUACGCCGAGCGCAGGACCAGCCGGAACGACGGCGGUCACUGCCUCCUGUGUGAUCUACCAACAACGAGCGCUUCUCUGCACGGCGAUUGUGAACAUCCUCGACGACGGUGGCAAGGCCCUGCCCUGCCGCGUACUGCUAGAUUGCGGUUCACAAGUGAAUCUGUGUACGGAGAAGGUCGCGUCGCUACUUCGACUGAAGCGACGAAGUGUGAACGUCGACGUCAAAGGUGUGGAUGGUUCAACGACCAGGGUUACGGCCUUGGUGCACAUCAACGUGCAGUCCCGAGACAACGUCUACACAAGCAGCUUGGAGUGUCUGGUGAUCAACCGUAUCACUGGAACCAUACCUGCGAAGAACAUCGACAUCUCUACCUGGCCGGUACCCGCCGGCCUGCAGCUAGCGGAUCCGGAGUUCUACCGCCCUCAACGGGUGGACAUGCUGAUUGGCGUCGGCCAAUUCUUCGGUCUCCUGAAAACUGGUAAGGUUAAGCUGGCAGAGAGCCUGCCGUUUUUGCAGGAGACAGUGUUCGGAUGGGUAGUCGGUGGCCUGGCCGACUCCACGAGCUGGAAGUACGAAGUGACCCGCUGCAACGUGGCGGUCCAAGACGCUGAGCUGAACGACCUCGUCGAACGGUUCUGGGAAUCCGAGGCGGUGCCGACCGCUUCAAGGAUGUCGUCGGAGGAGACGGCAUGCGAGCAGUGCUACGAGCAGACCCACAGCCGUGACCCGAGCGGUCGCUACGUCGUGAUGCUACCCUUCCGUGGCAACGUGAGUCAACUCGGCGACUCGAAGCAGCACGCAAUACAGCGCUUCUCGUACCUCGAGAAGAAACUAGCCAAGAACGCGGACCUGAAGGCGGCCUACUGCGCUUUCAUGGAAGAGUACGUGCGCCUCGGCCACUGCCGCGAAAUCGAUCCGUCCAAGGAGGAAGAUGGUGGGUACUACCUGCCCCACCAUGCCAUACUGAAGCCAAGUUCGUCCACCACCAAGUUGCGCACAGUUUUUGACGCCUCGGCACAAACGAGUUCCGGGCUCUCGCUCAACGACACCCUGAUGGUCGGUCCAACCAUUCAAGAUCCGUUAUUCGAUAUCGCCCUUCGAUUCCGGACGUACCCGUACGUGUUUACGGCGGACAUCUCGAAGAUGUACAGAAUGGUUCGUGUGCACCCCGACCACACGAAGUUUCAACGUGUGUUUUGGAGAACGGACCCUUCCGAGUCACUCAAAACGCUCGAACUGUUGACCGUCACUUACGGGACGGCAUCAGCGCCAUACCUGGCGACCCGCACGUUGAAACAGCUCGCCCAAGACGAAGGACAAGCCUACCCUCGCGCUGCCAAGAUUUUGGAGAACGAUUUCUAUAUCGAUGACGCACUUGCGGGUGCUGAUACACUGAAGGAGUUGCUGCUGGCGCGCGACGAACUGGAGGAGCUGCUGGAGAAGGGAGGCUUUGAGCUCCACAAGUGGUGCUCCAAUUCCGCCGAGUUUCUUGACACUAUUCCAGACGAACGACGAGAGAAGCAAGUGUCAUUCGAAUUGAGUGGCGUGAACGAAAUGAUCAAGACUCUCGGCAUUCUGUGGAACCCCACCAGUGACCAACUGCUGUUCCGCGUCGCUCUCACUGACUUGACACAACCGGUUUCCAAACGUCGCAUCCUGUCGGAGGUUGCCAGAUCUUUUGACCCGCUAGGUCUGCAAGCACCGGUUUGUGUCACCGCUAAAUUGAUCCUGCGUCAGUGUUGGCGAAAGAAAGUGUCUUGGGACGAGCAACUGUGCAAGAUGCUUACGGAGCUAUGGAACAAAUUUCGUGGUGGACUGCGAGCACUGAUGGAGGUACAGAUCGAGCGCCGAGUCAUCGUGCCACACAGGGUGGCCCUGGAGCUGCACGCAUUUUCGGACGCGUCGCUGGAAGCUUACGGCACGUGCGUCUACGUGCGUAACAUUCUGGCGGACAACACAGCAGUAGCCUACUUGCUGUGCAGCAAGUCGCACUUGGCGCCCAAAGAGACGAUCCCGAAACUCGAACUGUGCGGCUUCCGGCUGAUGUCAAGGUUGGUGUCCAGGGUAGUGAAAGCACUCAAGGUGAAAUUCACUCGGAAGGUGCUGUACAGCGACUCGACGAUUGUACUGGGAUGGUUGGCCAAGUCCCCAAGCGAGCUCGAAACGUACGUGGCAAACCGAGUUGCCGAAAUCCACGAGCUAACCCCGAGGGCCGACUACGAGUACAAGUACGUGCGAAGCAGCGCCAACCCCGCAGACCUCGUAUCACGAGGACUCUUCCCGGAAGCACUGAUUGGGAAUCGCUUCUGGUUCCAUGGCGGGUUCCUCGAAGAAAACGACUACCAAGAAGACGAGAUGGCCAUCGUAGUCGAACUACCCGAAGUACGAGUUGCAGCCGUUGUGAUAACCGACGAACAAGAAGAAGACUACAACAGGAUCUUCACACGGUUCAGCUCGUUCCGCAAACUACAACGAGUGCUAGCCUACGUGAUUCGCUUUUGCAACAAGACCCGGAAGCGAUCCACGUACGGAGACAACGAGAAGUACCCAACCAUACCCGAACUACGAUCGUCGCUGCGCUCGAUUGUGUACAUGGUCCAGCAGCAACGAAUGCAGACAGACAUCCAAGAAGUGCUGAAGAAGCAAGGCAAGCCGAACGAGAGGUACACUGGCCGACUACGAAGCUUGAAUCCUUGGGUCGACACCUACGGCAUUCUACGAGUCAACGGACGGAUCAAGUACGCCAACGUGUCGUACGAGCAGCGGUGCCCGGCCAUACUGCCUGCCGAGCAUCCAGUAACCGAGAUCCUGAUUCAAGCUGUCCACGAGGAGAAUCUGCACGUCGGACCGAGCGGAACUCUAUCGGUUCUGCGGCAACGGUACUGGAUCCUGAACGGACGAAACGCGAUCCGCGCAAAGUUGCGGAAGUGCGUACGGUGCUUCAAGGUGGACCCGUCGGAGACCAAACUGUUCAUGGGAGACCUGCCCAGCUACAGAGUGACCCAGGCCUACCCAUUUGAACGAGUUGGCGUUGACUUCGCUGGACCAAUCUACGUACGCAAAGGGCACCCGCGCAAACCAGUGUACUGCAAGGCGUACGUGGCAUUGUUUGUGUGCAUGGUCACGAAGUGCAUCCACAUCGAGCUGGUGUCAAACUUAACGACGGAUGCAUUCAUUGCCGCCCUGCACCGAUUUGUCGCUCGUCGCGGCCUUCCCUCCGACGUUUACAGCGACAACGCCACAAACUUUGCUGGAGCCAGCUCGGAGCUCCACGAGCUGUACGCGCUGCUGACGCAGCAGCUGACGAAGGAUGCGCUUCAAGAGUUUUGCCUGCCCAAGGAAAUUCGCUGGCAUUUUAUCCCACCACGGUCGCCGCACGUAGGAGGUUUGUGGGAAGCCGGCGUGAAGUCGGCGAAGCACCUGAUCAAGCGGAACGCAGGUGAAACGAAGCUGACAGAAGAGGAGUGGUCCACACUACUAACGCAGAUUGAAGGCAUACUUAACUCGCGGCCGUUGGUGCCGCAGACGGCGGACCCUGGUGACCUCAACGUGAUCACGCCCGGUCAUUUGCUGAUUGGCCGCCCAUUCAACGCGAUCCCGGAGCCGGCGUACGAUCAACUCAAGCCUGGAACGCUGACACGGUGGCAGCACCUGCAGAAGAUGCGAGCUGACUUUUGGAAACGGUGGUCGGCGGGCUACCUGUCCGAGCUGCAGCAGCGGCAGAAGUGGAACAAGCAGCACACUGUCGUCAAGGAAGGAGAUUUGGUGCUGCUCAAGGAGGAGAACGUUCCGGCGCUGCAGUGGAGGCUCGGCCGAGUUGUGAAGGUCCACCCGGGGCAAGACGGAGUCACCCGCGUGGUGACGGUAAAGACAGCAGGAGGAGUCUACAAGCGGUCGACGGCAAAGGUUGCGGUGCUCCCACUCGACGACGAAGCAGAGGAGAAGACAGCCGGUUGAAGUUCCCGGAUGUCCACUGGCGGGGGAGGAUGUUGGGACGCAUUUGGCAACCCUGCAGCGAUUGACAGCUAGAAGGAGAAAUUUUGGUUCAGUGCAUUUCCGCUUUCACACAACACACUCACACUAACACACAGCACGAACAACCAGGACAGUUUAGAGACGGCAAGAGAAUAAACCAGUCGCAAAUUACAGUCCACGCGUUUUUUAAUUCGUCUCUACACCCACUUAAGACAAACCAUUUGUGUUACCAAAUGAGCUGAUACUUGGCAUAAGUGUCUUAAUAAGCAUCUCCUGCACAACAUCCGUUUUAAUCUGAGUUCUUUUACGCUACUUCUACACCUUUACCGUCAUCUUGGGCGAAUCGGGACAAAUAGGGCGAAUUGUUUUGAUUUUAUUUUGAUUGACUUUGGUUGGAACAAAUUUAGAUAAACUAAAUUAGUGCAUCGAUUUCCUAAUUUAUAGCGUUUGAAUGCUUUAAAAGCUGCUGUCCCUAUUCAGAAUGUUGUCCUGAUUUGCCCCAGUUGACGAUAUCUAUAUACUAACAACUAAACUAACUCCAUAACCAUCGGCAUAACUAAUU